UGCCAGGGAACCCACCCAGUGUGCGGAGGAGCUGUGCACCCCCAAAAGGCACUUGGGGUCCAAUUGACCCCCUGUGCCCAGUGUGCUCCCUUGGGGCUCCCUUUUCCUGGGAUUACUGCCCUGCCAGCUGCUCUCCUGGCCGGCAGCCCCUGAAAUCCUAUUACUGAGUUUCAGGAGAAGUAAAAAGUUAAUCAUCUCCUUCGCCUGCUCUUCCUGCCACGGGGUUCACAGAGGUGGAUGAGCUGAUGCGGUGAGGCCGCUUGGACCAUUGUGGCUGAGCCCAUGGACCCAGCACCAGGCUGGUAGGGACCGCAGAGGUCAGCAGCUGGUGCUGGGAGGAGGGAAGGUUGGGGCAGGAGAAGGGAGCAGCCAGCUCGACACUGGACCAGGAACCAUGCCACUGCAGACAGAGAUCCUGCGCGAGGUCUGGGCUGCAGAGAGCCCCAGCGAAGAGCCGGGGAGCCCCCAGCACAAGCCCAAGCAGCACCACCCGCAGGGGCAGAAGCUGAAGAAGAAGCGGCAGGAGCCUGCUCCAGAGCCCGAGGCAAAGCCCCGGCGGCUUCGGGUGAAGAAGCCAGGCGAGGGGGGGGCUACGGAGGAGCCCCGAGCCCUGGCACAGGGGGUGAAGAAGCUGAGGAAGAAGAAGGAGGAGAAGGGGGAGGAGGAGAACAACAAGGACCCUAAAUUCACCAAGGAGCCUCGGAGGAAAAAGGAGAGCCCAGCCCCCCGCUCACGUGUGGUCAAAGGCCCCAAGAAGCAGCAAGAGCCAGCUGAGGACUCGGAGGAUGAGGAGGAGGAAGAGGAGGUGGAAAGUAAAGAUCCACCAAAAAAGCUCAAGAAGAAACUACCUAAAGAGUCCCCCUCGGGUGAGAGCCGGGAGAAAAAGCUGAAGCCAAAGGGCGACAAGGGUGACCCUGACAGCAAAGCCAAAUCUGCUAAAAGCACCAAGAAGGAGCCGAUGUCCAUGUUCCAGGUGAAUGGGGAGAAGAAGGAGAAGAAAAACAAGAAGAAAGCCACCACCAGCAGUGAUGAAGAGGAUGAUUCCGAUUCCAGCACCAAACCCAUCAGGUCGGGAAAGAAGAAAAACCCAGCAUCCCUCUUCCAGACCGGCGGGGACCCCCCUAAGGAGAAGAAAGCCAAAAAGAAAGCUCCUCCCAGAGCAGCUGAGAGUGAGGACGAGACCCUGGAGACCCCACAGAAAAACUCCAACAAGAAGGGGAAAGGGAAGAAAUCAAAGAAGCCCAAGGAGGAGAGAGCCCCAUCGCCUGUUAUUGAGGUGGACAACCUGGAGGAGUUUGUGCUGCGGCCGGCGGCACAGGGGGUGACCAUCAAGUGCCGGGUGACACGGGACAAGAAGGGGAUGGACCGGGGGCUUUACCCCACCUAUUACCUUCACUUGGAUAAUGACAAGAAGGUAUUCCUCCUUGCCGGGAGGAAGCGGAAGAAAAGCAAAACUUCCAACUACCUCAUCUCCAUCGAUCCCACCGACCUGUCACGGGGAGGAGAGAACUUCAUUGGGAAGCUCAGAUCCAACCUGAUGGGUACGAAGUUCACAGUGUUCGACAACGGCGCGAACCCCGACAGGGCCAACGCUGACUGGUCCAACGUGCGGCAGGAACUCUCAGCUGUGGUCUAUGAGACCAAUGUUUUAGGGUUCAAAGGCCCCCGGAAGAUGACGGUCAUCAUCCCUGGGAUGAACUCUGACAACGAGAGGGUGCCCAUCCGGCCCCGAAAUGAUAACGAUGGUCUCCUGAUGCGAUGGCAGAACAAAAACAUGGACAACGUGAUUGAGCUGCACAACAAGGCGCCGGUGUGGAAUGAUGAGACACAGUCCUACGUCCUCAACUUCCACGGCCGGGUCACUCACGCCUCCGUGAAGAACUUCCAGAUCGUGCACAGCAGUGACCCUGACUACAUCGUGAUGCAGUUUGGGCGCGUGGCGGAUGAUGCUUUCACCAUGGACUACAACUACCCCCUCUGUGCCGUGCAGGCCUUUGCCAUAGCUCUCUCCAGCUUCGACGGGAAGCUGGCCUGUGAGUAGCACCUGCACAGGGACCACGUGCUGGUGCCCAGUGGAUGCUCCUGUGUCCUUGUCCUGCUCCACUUCCUCCAUUUCCACCUUCUUCAUGGUGAAUGCUCAUGGUUACAGCUGCUCCUGUGGUGGUUGGAGGUGCACGACGCCUGCAGAGCACAGUGGGACACUUAUCCAGGCAAACUGGGGCCAGAUGGCAGAGUCAAGCUCAGGGUAUAUUUAGCAGAUGAGGCUGACUGUGAUCCCAAUCUCAUCCCUUUGAGACAUUUCUUGGACUUAGAUCCUGGAAACUCAUCCCCCUUUUUUUAUUUUUGACGGUUUUA